AUGACUGUCACCUUGCCGAACGUCCGACCGUUACAGCCACCGACGGGCUCGGAUAUUGAUUUUGGCGCUCAAAUUGGUGGAAUCGAUUUGGAGAACUUAACCGAUGAACAAUUCGCCUCGAUCCGCAAAGCGCUAUACGACUACCACGUUGUAAUCUUCAAGAACCAACACAAGCUAUCUCCCAAAGCACAAUAUGAGCUCACCAGGCGAUUCGAUCCGGUAUCGGAGAACUACGGACAUGGAAAGACAAUCGAUGCGAAACGCUCCAUCCUGCAUCCAGAUCUCAAGACUGUCCCGCAUCAGCCCCAGGUCCAGGUGAUCGGCAAUGGCUUUGUGCCGUCAUACGAAGGAUUGAAAGACGUACAAUUAAGGCACCCUCAUCAUCGGACCUUCCACAAAGACCAUAUCCCAGACGAGCAAGACUACGAUUUUACCCGCUUUUACCGAUGGCAUAUCGAUGCUGCACUAUACGAUCUCUACCCCCCACAAGUGACGACACUUUUGGCAGUCAAUGUUCCCAAGGGCCGUCGUCAGACACUGAUUUACGAUGACGGAUCCGAUGAAACAAUGGAUGUCCCCCUUGGGACAACGGCAUUUGUGAGCGGACAGCGAAUGUACGAACUGCUCUCUUCAGAAGACCAGGAGUUUGUCCGCACAAGCAAGGUCGAAUACGCGCCUCAUCCGUACAUCUGGAUGAGUCCUGCUCGCUCUCGCUCCACUGGACUAGGCAUGCACUCUGAAGGUCUCGAAUUACCAGAUUCAGAGCUACCUCCAAUCGAUCCAUCGAAGAUAAUGGUUUUCCCCAUGUGCUGGAAGAAUCCAGAAACAGGAAGGCUCGCAUUACAGAUCCAUCCAUCCGCAGUGCGCAAGAUUCACCUUAAAGACGGAACAGUGAUUGACGACUUGGAGAAAGUGCGCGAGAUCGCCUAUAAAUUGCAGCGCCCUGCAAUCAGUCCCCAAUAUGUGUACCCACAUGACUGGGAGGACGGUGAUCUUGUCUUGUUUAACAAUCGUGGUGUACUGCAUUCUGUGGUUGGAGCUUUCAAACCCGAUGAGGUGCGCCUGUUUCGACAGUGCAACUUGGCCGCGUCGGAGCCGCCCGUCGGGCCUUGA